AUGUGCGCUAAUGAGGCUGCAGUGAUGGGCACUGAUAGGCUGCACUGAUGGACACUGAUAGGUGGCACUGAUGAGGAGGCACUGACCCAGGGGCGAACUGACAACUCAUGGGGCCCCCGGGCAUUAGGGGAUCAUGGGGCCCCUGUGUCCUUGCCCAAACGUAAAAAAGCCUAUGAAAAAGGUACCAGGGGCAUCUCAUGGGGCCCCCUACUGUCCCCGGGCAGUGCCCGAGUUUCCAAAUGGUCAGUCCGCCCCU